AUGAUGCUCGCUCACAGGAAUAGAGAAUAUGUUCCAUUGAUUCAGAAGCUUCCCAAAACAAGCCACAAUUAUGAUGUGGUUGAGAUUUCCGCAACCAGAGUUAACCUUGACUGUGAAGGAAAUAAAAGCCAGGGUUCAUUCCAGAUUCUUGUACUCCUACCAUCCCCAAUUUUCUUCCUCAGUCCAGCUUUAAACACUUCUUCGACUACCACCCAACUUCGCCAUAGCCAAGAGCUAUUUCCAGCAAUAAGGCCCGUUAGUAGACACGGGAGGCCCAUACGAGUAUCUCCACUCUCCACACGCCGUGCACCUCUCGAUUUCAAUGCCGCCCAACAUCGUUCGCCGAACUUGGGCUCCCAAAAGAGCCUUCAUUCUCAUGGCCCAAUUUGGAACCGCACCAUAAGUCAUCGUGUAGCCUCCUUUCGGCAGCCAUUGCUGCCGCUUGAAUCGGGCUCAGCAGCCCGUGUGGCAACAGGGCUUCGAGUUGGGCCCGGUUUUGGGCCGCUGUUAAUGCUUUCUGGCGUAGUGAAGAAAGGGGAGGUUGAUGAGAAUAUCCACCUAAUCUUCUCCCGGGAAGAUCGAAACCUUGCCCAGUUCCGGUUAUGCCCUUGGCUAUGA